GAUAUCCUGUUUCCCGGAUUCGUUGCGAGUUCCGUAUCCGCCAUAAUGUCAGACACGGACAGCGAUGAAGAUUCCUCCGGGGGCGGCCCGUUUUCAUUGACCGGUUUCCUUUUCGGCAACAUCAAUGGAGCCGGGCAGCUGGAGGGGGAAAGCGUCUUGGACGAUGAGUGUAAGAAGCACUUGGCAGGCUUGGGGGCUUUGGGUCUCGGCAGCCUGAUCACAGAACUCACCGCAAAUGAAGAAUUGACUGACAGUGAUGGUGCUCUGGUAAAUGAUGAAGGAUGGAUUAGGAGUACAGAAGAUGCCGUGGACUAUUCAGAUAUCAGUGAGGUAGCAGAAGAUGAAAGUCGAAGAUACCAGCAGACAGUGGGGAGCUUGCAGCCCCUUUGCCACUCAGUAGAUUAUGAUGAUGAUGACUAUGAUGCUGAUUGUGAAGACAUUGAUUGCAAGUUGAUGCCUCCUCCACCCCCACCCCCAGGACCAUUAAAGAAGGAUAUGGACCAGGAUGCUAUUACUGGUGUGUCUGAAGAUGGAGAAGGCAUCAUCUUGCCCUCCAUCAUUGCCCCUUCCUCUUUGGCCUCAGACAAAGUGGACUUCAGUAGUUCCUCUGACUCAGAAUCUGAGAUGGGACCUCAGGAAGCAACACAGGCAGAAACUGAGGAUGGAAAGCUGACCCUACCACUGGCUGGGAUUAUGCAGCAUGAUGCCACCAAGCUGUUGCCGAGUGUCACAGAACUUUUCCCAGAAUUUCGGCCUGGGAAGGUGUUACGCUUCCUACGUCUUUUUGGACCAGGGAAGAAUGUUCCAUCCGUUUGGCGCAGUGCUCGAAGAAAAAGGAAAAAGAAACACCGGGAGCUGAUACAGGAAGAGCAGCUCCAGGAGGUGGAGUGUUCAGUAGAAUCAGAAGUCAACCACAAGUCUUUGUGGAACUACGACUAUGCUCCACCACCACCUCCAGAGCAGUGUCUCUCUGACGAUGAAAUUACAAUGAUGGCUCCUGUGGAGUCCAAGUUUUCCCAGUCAACUGGAGAUAUAGAUAAAGUGACAGAUACCAAACCAAGAGUGGCUGAGUGGCGGUAUGGGCCUGCCCGACUGUGGUAUGAUAUGCUGGGUGUCCCUGAAGAUGGCAGUGGGUUUGACUAUGGCUUCAAACUGAAAAAGGUGGAACCUGAACCUGUGAUAAAUGGUAGAACGAUGGAGGACUUGAAGAAACCUGGGGAAAAUGGUGGCAUCGAUCUCCUGGCUGAUGAAAACUUCCUGAUGGUGACACAGUUGCACUGGGAGGACGAUAUCAUCUGGGAUGGGGAGGACGUCAAACACAAAGGGACAAAACCUCAGCGUGCAAGCCUGGCAGGCUGGCUUCCUUCCAGCAUGACUAGGAAUGCCAUGGCUUAUAAUGUUCAGCAAGGUUUUACGGCCACGCUGGAUGAUGACAAGCCUUGGUACUCCAUUUUUCCCAUUGACAACGAGGAUCUGGUGUAUGGACGCUGGGAGGACAAUAUCAUCUGGGAUGCUCAGGCCAUGCCCCGGCUCUUGGAGCCUCCUGUCUUGACACUUGAUCCCAAUGAUGAGAACCUCAUUUUGGAAAUUCCUGAUGAGAAGGAAGAGGCCACCUCUAACUCCCCCUCUAAGGAGAGUAAAAAGGAAUCAUCUCUGAAGAAGAGUCGAAUUCUCUUAGGGAAAACAGGGGUGAUCAAGGAGGAACCACAGCAGAACAUGUCUCAGCCAGAAGUAAAAGAUCCAUGGAAUCUCUCCAACGAUGAAUAUUACUACCCCAAGCAACAGGGUCUUCGAGGCACCUUUGGAGGAAAUAUUAUCCAGCACUCCAUUCCUGCCGUGGAAUUGCGGCAGCCCUUCUUCCCCACCCACAUGGGGCCCAUCAAACUCCGGCAGUUCCAUCGCCCGCCUCUGAAGAAGUACUCCUUUGGCGCAUUGUCUCAGCCAGGUCCCCACUCAGUCCAGCCUUUGCUAAAGCACAUAAAAAAGAAGGCUAAGAUGAGAGAACAAGAGAGGCAAGCUUCAGGUGGCGGAGAGAUGUUUUUCAUGCGCACACCUCAGGACCUCACGGGCAAAGAUGGAGAUCUUAUUCUAGCAGAAUACAGUGAGGAAAACGGGCCGUUAAUGAUGCAGGUUGGCAUGGCAACCAAGAUAAAAAACUAUUAUAAGCGGAAACCUGGAAAAGAUCCCGGAGCCCCAGAUUGUAAAUAUGGAGAAACUGUUUACUGCCAUACAUCUCCUUUCCUGGGCUCUCUCCAUCCUGGCCAGUUGCUACAGGCAUUUGAGAACAAUCUUUUUCGUGCCCCAAUUUAUCUUCAUAAGAUGCCAGAAACUGAUUUCCUUAUUAUUCGGACAAGGCAAGGUUACUAUAUUCGAGAAUUAGUGGAUAUCUUUGUGGUUGGCCAGCAGUGCCCCUUGUUUGAAGUUCCUGGGCCCAACUCCAAAAGGGCCAAUACGCAUAUUCGAGACUUUCUCCAGGUUUUUAUUUACCGCCUCUUCUGGAAGAGUGCAGAUCGGCCACGCCGGAUCCGGAUGGAAGAUAUUAAAAAAGCCUUUCCUUCUCAUUCAGAAAGCAGCAUCCGGAAGAGGCUAAAGCUCUGCGCCGACUUCAAACGCACAGGAAUGGAUUCAAAUUGGUGGGUGCUGAAGUCUGAUUUCCGUUUACCAACCGAAGAGGAGAUCAGAGCUAUGGUAUCUCCAGAGCAGUGCUGUGCUUAUUACAGCAUGAUAGCUGCAGAGCAGCGACUGAAGGAUGCUGGCUAUGGCGAGAAGUCCUUUUUUGCUCCAGAAGAAGAAAAUGAGGAAGAUUUCCAGAUGAAGAUUGAUGAUGAGGUUCGCACUGCUCCUUGGAAUACCACAAGGGCCUUCAUUGCUGCCAUGAAGGGCAAGUGUCUCUUGGAGGUGACUGGGGUGGCAGAUCCCACAGGGUGCGGUGAAGGAUUUUCCUAUGUGAAGAUUCCGAACAAACCAACACAGCAGAAGGAUGAUAAGGAGCCUCAGCCAGUCAAGAAGACAGUGACAGGAACGGAUGCAGACCUUCGUCGCCUCUCUCUGAAAAAUGCCAAGCAACUUCUACGUAAAUUUGGUGUGCCUGAGGAAGAGAUUAAAAAGUUGUCCCGCUGGGAAGUGAUCGAUGUGGUACGCACGAUGUCAACAGAACAGGCCCGCUCUGGGGAAGGGCCCAUGAGUAAAUUUGCCCGUGGAUCAAGGUUCUCUGUGGCUGAGCAUCAGGAACGGUACAAAGAGGAAUGUCAGCGCAUCUUUGACCUGCAGAACAAGGUUUUGUCAUCAACUGAAGUCUUAUCAACUGACACAGAUAGCAGCUCAGCUGAAGACAGUGACUUUGAAGAAAUGGGAAAGAACAUUGAGAAUAUGUUGCAGAAUAAGAAAACCAGCUCUCAGCUGUCACGCGAACGGGAGGAGCAGGAGCGGAAGGAACUACAGCGGAUGCUACUGGCAGCAGGCUCAGCAGCAGCAGGAAACAAUCACAGAGAUGAUGACACAGCUUCUGUGACUAGCCUUAACUCUUCUGCCACUGGCCGUUGUCUCAAGAUUUAUCGUACUUUUCGAGACGAAGAGGGGAAAGAGUAUGUUCGCUGUGAAACAGUCCGAAAGCCAUCUGUCAUAGAUGCCUAUGUGCGCAUACGGACCACAAAAGAUGAAGAGUUCAUUCGAAAAUUUGCGCUUUUUGAUGAACAGCAUCGAGAAGAGAUGCGAAAGGAACGGCGGAGGAUUCAAGAGCAGCUGAGGCGGCUUAAGCGGAACCAGGAAAAGGAAAAACUUAAGGGUCCUCCUGAGAAAAAGCCAAAAAAACUGAAGGAGCGUCCUGACCUAAAACUGAAGUGUGGGGCUUGUGGUGCCAUUGGGCACAUGAGGACAAACAAAUUCUGCCCCCUCUACUAUCAAACAAAUGCGCCGCCUUCUAACCCCGUUGCCAUGACAGAGGAGCAGGAGGAGGAGUUGGAGAAGACAGUCAUUCAUAACGAUAAUGAAGAACUCAUCAAGGUUGAAGGGACCAAGAUUGUCUUGGGGAAACAGCUAAUUGAGAGCGCAGAUGAGGUUCGCAGAAAAUCUCUGGUCCUCAAGUUCCCGAAACAGCAACUCCCUCCCAAGAAGAAACGGCGAGUUGGAACCACUGUUCACUGUGACUAUUUGAAUAGACCUCAUAAAUCCAUCCACCGGCGCCGGACAGACCCCAUGGUGACAUUGUCAUCCAUCUUAGAGUCUAUCAUCAAUGACAUGAGAGAUCUUCCAAAUACAUACCCUUUCCACACUCCAGUCAACGGAAAGGUCGUAAAGGACUACUACAAAAUCAUUACUCGGCCAAUGGACUUACAGACACUCCGUGAAAAUGUGCGUAAACGCCUCUACCCAUCUCGGGAAGAGUUCAGAGAGCAUUUGGAACUCAUUGUGAAAAACAGUACAACCUACAAUGGGCCAAAACACUCACUGACCCAGAUCUCUCAGUCCAUGCUGGAUCUCUGCGAUGAAAAACUCAAAGAGAAAGAAGACAAAUUGGCUCGUUUAGAGAAAGCUAUCAAUCCUUUGUUGGAUGAUGAUGACCAAGUAGCAUUUUCUUUCAUCCUGGACAACAUUGUCACACAGAAAAUGAUGGCAGUUCCAGAUUCUUGGCCAUUUCAUCACCCAGUGAAUAAGAAGUUUGUUCCAGAUUAUUACAAAGUGAUUGUCAAUCCAAUGGAUUUAGAGACUAUACGUAAGAAUAUCUCCAAGCACAAGUAUCAGAGUCGAGAGAGCUUUCUGGAUGACGUCAACCUUAUCUUGGCCAACAGCGUUAAGUACAAUGGGCCCGAAAGUCAAUAUACUAAGACUGCGCAGGAGAUCGUGAAUGUCUGUUACCAGACACUGACUGAGUAUGAUGAGCAUUUGACUCAGCUUGAGAAGGAUAUUUGUACAGCGAAGGAAGCAGCUUUGGAGGAAGCAGAAUUAGAAAGCUUGGACCCGAUGACCCCAGGGCCUUACACACCUCAGCCUCCUGAUUUGUAUGACACCACCACAUCCCUCAGUAUGUCGCGAGAUGCCUCUGUGUUUCAAGAUGAGAGCAAUAUGUCUGUCCUGGAUAUUCCCACCACCACUCCAGAAAAGCAGGAGACACAGAUGCGCCAGGGCCGAGGUAGGCUGGGCGAGGAAGACUCUGAUGUAGAUAUUGAAGGGUAUGAGAAUGAUGAGGAGAAAGAUGGGAAACCUAAGACUCCAGCCCCAGAAGGUGAAGAUGCAGAUGGCGAUCUUGCAGAUGAAGAGGAAGGAACUGUACAGCAGCCUCAAGCCAGUGUCCUGUAUGAAGAUUUGCUUAUGUCUGAAGGAGAAGAUGAUGAGGAAGAUGCUGGGAGUGAUGAAGAAGGAGAUAAUCCUUUCUCUGCUAUCCAGCUGAGUGAAAGUGGAAGUGACUCUGAUGUGGAACCUGGUGGGAUAAGGCCCAAACAGCCCCGCAUGCUUCAGGAAAACACGAGGAUGGGCAUAGAAAAUGAAGAAAGCAUGAUGUCCUAUGAGGGAGACGGUGGGGAGGCUUCUCAUGGUUUGGAGGAUAGCAACAUCAGUUGUGGGAGCUAUGAGGAGCCUGAUCCCAAGUCGAACACCCAAGACACGAGCUUCAGCAGCAUCGGUGGGUAUGAGGUGUCAGAGGAGGAAGAAGAGGAGGAAGAGCAGCGCUCUGGGCCGAGUGUACUAAGCCAGGCCCACCUGUCAGAGGCCGAGGAGGACAGUGAGGAUUUCCACUCCAUUGCUGGGGACAGUGACUCGGACUCUGAUGAAUGAGGCUUCCUUUGGGCCUCCUUGGUCAGCCUUCCUUGUUCUCCAGCCUGGGUGAUUCGAUUUUUUUAUAUUAAUAUCUGUGCAGUGUCUGAUCCUGAAAUCACCAGAUUAACUAACACCUUAGCCUUUAAAAAAUAGUGAGUAAAUGAUGACGAAUGAAUCGCCUAGCCCGACCUCCCUGAGUCAGUGUCACCCUUUACGUUAAAAUCAAGCAAUCCCUUUCCUCCCACCGCUGAUAAAAAUAGUGCAAUCUCCUUCUCCAGUGCCCGCCUUUAACUUCACUGCCUGCUCUUGGUAUCAUUUUUCCCCUGGGGAAGGUGGAGAAAUCAUGAACAGACUAAUAACUUUAUGUCCUCUUGUUGUAUCAGGAGUUUUCCAAGCAUGGUAUCAUCUCAGUUUGCUAGCAGGCCGGAACAGGUGACAGCCCCCCCCCUGCCGCGACAGGGACUUGGGUUCAUUCCGGUGGGCUCUGUGCCGCACUGAACACGUAAACCUAUUGGACACGUUGCCCAUUAUUUUAUUACUUAUUUGAUUUUGCUGUGCCUCGUUCCUAAAUGGGUUUGAGGCAAAAUGAUUAUAAAUCUUUGAAACAGCCUGUGUGUCAGAACUGAUAAUGUUGCCACGUAAAUGUGUUCUGUCCCCCACCCCCAGGGGAAAUGAUAGGAAAACGGUAAGUUCCUUAGGGCAAAGGCUGUGUCUUCUGUUUCUUUUCAUGCUUAGGAUAUGGUUCUGUGCAUACCAGUUACUCAAUGAAUGUCCCGAGUAUUACCAAAUUCUCAACAGAUUUGUUGUUGAACAGCUGCUUCGUCAGAAGCACUCGAUCAGAUCCUUGGGCUGCAAAGCUAAAGAAGACACGCUCCUUUCAGCCAGAGAGCUCACCAUCAAGCUAGGGGAGGGGGAGUAAACUUCAAAACAUACUAAGAAAGCAUUACAGUUCUGUGAGAUGAGUGCAAUGAAAGAGCUAGUAGCUAUAAAGUUAUAGGGGAAACAGAGGAGUGAUCAUGUCUGAAGAAGUCAGGGAAUCUUCCUGGACGUAAUUCUGAAGCUGAUUGUUGGAGAAUUAGUAGGAGCUUGCCAGAUGGGAAAGUCCAGGCAGGGCGUAACAUGAAGGGGAAAAAGCGGAAGUGUAGAAAUGGCCGAGUGUGUUGCUAUGUUUGUUUGUUUGUUUGUUUGUACCUGCCUUGUUCCCAAAAGGAUUGAAGGUGGUUUAGUUCCAGUCCUUUCAUGCUGGAAUGGCUAGAGAUGAGACUGAAAGAUGGGCAGGAAGCAUAUCAGGAUCUUUGACUUUGAUGCUCAUGAGUGUGAAUUCUAUAUUUUAGGAAAUGAGGAACUCUGGGGGAGUGAUAUAUCAGGUUUGUGUUUUAGACAUUUUCUGUACAUUGAGUCAAGAUGGAAAUCGAAGAAUCGUGACAAGUAAUGAUGCCAUUUUUUAUAAAAGACACAAUCGUGUAUGUGUACGUAUUUAUACUGUAUGUACUUGUGUGUCCAAAGGAAAACGUCUAAAAGGGCACAUGCUGAGCCAUUUGGUGAUAAUGUCUGAGGAAUGGGAUUGGAGGUGGGGGGCUAUAUGGUUGUGUGUUUACUGGGUGUGAUAUUGUGCUUUUAUUUCUGUAUUGUUUGAAUUUUUUACA